AUGCUGAUUUCUUCCCGUAGGCGUUUCGACACAGUCAUGGGAGGCCUGUCGUCGGUGGCCCGUAUCAACUGUGAAAACGCUCUUAAAUAUGUUGUCGAAAAAGAUAAAGGCAAAACGCUUCGUUUUCCCAGGAAUUACCGAACCGUGUUCAUCAUGACCGAUGACUGGGAGUUCUCGCGAGUCCAGAUGAGAGUUUCUCCCACAUCGCCUCGAGUUCUGCGUCGAACAAACAAACAGCAUUUCGAGGCUGUGUAUGAUCAGCUCAGAAUAAUCGCACCAAAAUUAACCCAGGAAGCCCCCCCUGAUCGACGACGCCUAAACUUAAAAGAGCCAGUGGUUUUCCGACACACGUGGGACGACAACAAACAAAUGACCGGAGUUAUUAGUACACCUGCUUUGACACGCCCAAAAGGUACCGGACUGAACGCGCUAGUUGUUAUGCCUGAUCAGGCGAUUGAAAGUCCAUCAACAUAUGCGUUUGAUUGUUGA